CUGGACAGAGAAGGUCUCAGGCUGGGGGUCCCGACGCCUUUCCAGGUCUCUCCCUCCGGAGCAGCGAUGGGGGCGGGUCGGAUCCUGGGGGCCGGGAACGGCUGGGCUGGGGCUCUGCUAGUGACACUGGCGGUGCUGAGAACCCACCCGGCUCAUUGCACAGAGCCCAAAGGGCGGUUCGUGCUCCAGCAGAACGCGGAGUGUCACUUCACCAACGGCACCGAGCGGGUCCGGUACCUGGACCGGCACAUCUGGGGCCGGCGGCAGUUCCUGCACUUCGACAGCGAGGUGGGGCGGUUCGUGGCGGACACGGAGCUGGGGCGGCCCCAGGCCGAGUACUUCAACAAGGACCCGGCGAUCCUGGCGGACAGGCGGGCUGCGGUGAACACAUUCUGCCGGCACAACUACGGGGUGUAUGAGAACUUCAUCAACACCCACCGGGUUGAGCCCAAGGUGAAAGUUUCCCCCACGAAAUCGGGGUCCCAGCCCCACUCCCACCUGCUGGUUUGCUCAGUGACGGGGUUUUACCCUGGGGGGAUCGAGAUCAAGUGGCUGAAGAACGGGCAGGAGCAGAUGGCCGGGGUGGUGUCCACGGAGCUGCUCCAGAACGGAGAUUGGACCUUCCAGAUCCUGGUGAUGCUGGAGAUGAGCCCCCGGCGCGGGGACGUCUACACCUGCCAGGUGGAGCACAUCAGCAUGCGGGAACCGCUCGCCGUGCACUGGGAGGCGCAGUCUGACUCCGCCAGGAGCAAGAUGCUGACGGGGGUCGGGGGCUUCGUGCUGGGGCUGAUCUUCCUGGCGCCCGGACUCCUCAUCUACCUGAAGAAUAAGAAAGGGCACCCCGUUCCCCAACCUGCAGGGCUCCUGCGUUAGAUCCUGGGCGUCGGAUCCCCCGGCUGGCAGGAGUUUCCGUCCGUCUCCCCCAGCCCCUCGCCCAGCCUGGAGAAUGGAGAACCUGGGGCCGGUCCCUUCCUGUCCCCGUCUGCUCCCCGCGCUCUGCCCGGCUCCAGCCCGCGCUGCCCCCGCCUGGGGACCCGUCCCUGCCCCUCAGUCCCAGCAGGGCACUGGGGCGACCCCUCCUACGUUAACCCUUUCCCUGCCCCAGCCCAGCUCCACAUUCCCUCUCGCUGACCCCACUGCCCUCGGGGAACCUUUGGGGGACGCUGCUCCGCAACCUGGGGGGAAGUCGGAUUGAGGCCGGGCUGUUAGAACUGCUGCACCCUAAUAAACCAUCCCCAGCCCCCCCC